AUGAAGCCAACUUGUCCACUUUUGGUUAUGUCCGAAUAUAGCUACCUGAUUACAGCAGGUGGUGGAGCUCUUGGAAUAUUACCUUUGGAUGCAACAGGUCGACAGGGUGCUGAGUUACCACUCCUAUCAGCCCAUUCAGAUUUUGUUUCUGAUUUUGACUUCUCUCCGUUUGAUGACAACCUUUUGAUAACAGGAUCACAUGACUGCACGGUAAUGCCAAAUAUCACCUCAAAAUAUAAUGAUGCCAAUGCUAAUUUUUCUUUUUCUCUUACUUUUUUUACAUUUUUAAAAACAUUUUUCAUUCUUUUUUUCUUUUUUGUGCUUCUCUUCCUCUUUUCUCUUUCUUUCUUUUCUUCUGCUCUAUUCUAUUUCUCUUCUUUCUCCUUCUCUUUUCUAUAUCUUUUCUUUCUCCUUCUCUUUUCUAUAUCUUUUCUUUCUCCUUCUCUUUUCUAUAUCUUUUCUUUCUCCUUCUCUUUUCUAUAUCUUUUCUUUCUCCUUCUCUUUUCUAUAUCUUUUCUUUCUACCUCUCUUUUCUAUAUCUUUUCUUUCUACCUCUCUUUUCUGUCUUUUCUUUCUCCUUCUCUUUUCUCUUUUCUAUUUCUUUUCUUUCUCCUUCUCUUUUCUAUUUUCUUUCUUUCUCCUCUUUUCUAUUUCUUUUCUUUCUCCUUCACUUUUCUAUUUCUUUUCUUUCUCCUUCACUUUUCUAUUUCUUUUCUUUCUCCUUCACUUUUCUAUUUCUUUUCUUUCUCCUUCACUUUUCUAUUUCCUUUCUUUCUCCUCUUUUCUAUUUCUUUUCUUUCUCCUUCACUUUUAUCAUUUCAAUAA